UGCUGACACAGGUGCGUCAAACAAGAGUGAUUACCUUCGUGAGUCCUGUCAAUCACGGAGGACUCACUGACGCGUUUUAAUGCUUUCACCGCCCGUAAAUAAUUCGGUUUUACUUCAUAAUCGACUGUUGAACCAACUUUGCUGAUUAUGAGGGGGGAAACAACUGCGGAGAAUGAGGUGGAGGAGGAUCGUGGAGAGUCUGCUGCAUCAGGGGAAAGACCACUCAGCGUUGUGAAGCUACAACAUAUGCUGAAAAAAGUUUCCCAAAGUCCUUUUCAUAAUCAGUACAAGACUCUGGUCCCAUCAACAUCUGACUCCAGUGGAUCAUGUGCCAACGAUUCUCCAAACCAGCAGGAUGCUGGCGAACCCUCAGCUGCUGCAGAUGUUACAGAAAACCACCAGCUGCACUUUGGACAGAAUGGAGUGCAGGAACUGCCACAUUCAAGUCCUCAGAAUGGAGUCAGUGGGGGUUUGGCCAGAAGUAAUCCUUUUUAUAUGCAUUAUUUGGAAUCGACCAGCAAAGGCCAGGAAAUGGAGGACGUAGGGAGGGAAUCGUCAGAAGUAAACCUUGAUACCAUCUUUGUCCCUCCACCUGAAUUUCAGAGUUCACCUCUGGAUUUCAGAACUGAAAUUAAUACUAUGCAAAAUGGAGCCAAAUUUUCUGAACCUCAGAAGGAGCUGUUCCAGACCCUUACCACCAACCACACGGAAAGGCACUUCCAGAAUUCGACAUUGCCAAAAAACACAUCUGCCAACGGCCAUCUUCAUGAUGUAACCCUGAACUCACUGGACUUGUUUAAGCCAGUUAGUGCUGAAACACAGAACUUCUCCAAACCCUUGCAGUUGCAAAGCCCUGACCUGUUCAAAGACGAAGGGUUCAGUCUUUUCCAGACUGCUAAAGGAGAGGAUUUACUACAUGCUGAACGCACUAGGGAGGUGAACACCUUUGUAAACCCUUUUAAAUCUCCUUCAAGCAUGGAGGACGAUGUAUUCCGGCCUCCACAGCCUGUGGUGGUGAACCCCUUUCAUACUGCCACAACCAGUGAUGCCGAUUUGUUUCAAGCGGUUCCGUCUAAAAGUGGGGAACUUUUCCACAUUAGGAAAGACUCUUCUGUGAAAGAGGAUCCUUUUGGCAUGUCCUCUCAGCAAAAUCUGGAUGUAUUUUCACCAUCAUCUGCAAACUCAGUCAAUCCAUUCCCAAGCCCAAUUACAAGGGAUUUAUUCCAAGACCUUUCGAGUUCCGAUGACCCAUUCAGUACUACUCCGUCAAAACUCUACAACCCUUUCCAUGAUGUUUCAAAGGGGAGUCCAGACAUCUUCCAAUCGCUUCCCUCAAAGACUAGCAGCAACAAUAUAUUUGAGAUAACACCAGGCAGUACAGCCUCCGUGGGCCCAUACUCUACACCCUCACUCAACAGUCCCUCAGAACUGAAGGUGGACAUGUUGCCAUCCUCACCAGAUCUGUUUGGGGCAACGCCAUCAGAAUCUCAUCCUGCCGUCCAACCAAAAACCUCCGAAAGGCCAGAGGAUGUUGUCUUGACGACUCCUCUUGGAACUAAACAUGAUAUUCUUCAGCCGACUCCCUUCACCCGGUCCAGGAAUCUGUUCAUGUCACCAAGCCAGUCUCCUGCAGAGAUGACUCAUGUGUCGACCUUCAGACGUCCACCAAAGCCACUUCCUCGAUUUAGACCGCCAAGGAAAGAAAAGCCACUAGUGCCAGAAAAGCCACCUGUGCCAGAAAAGCCACCAGUGCCUGAAAAGCCACCAAAACCAGAAAAGCCACCCAUGCCGGCAAACUCUAUUGACUCUGAGCCAACUGUGUCUAAAACUUCACUUAAACCAACCCUGAGACCACUCCCAAAACCAGUUAUUCGCCGCAAACCAAAGACUCCGGAAAGUAAACCAAUAGACCAGGACAACUUUGUUGUCUUUCAGGACAUCCUCCUUCUGGGACAGGAAAGGUGUGUUGAAGACUGGCCUGAAGACAGCCCUCAACUCGACCCUGACUUCAAACCAUCUGGAACAUUUAGACUACGGCGAGAAUCACUGAAAAUGAAGGCAGACUCCGAUGGAGGAAGUGGCGAGGAUCAAGACGGGAGUCACAGCAAGAAAAAGGACAAGAAAUUCAAAAUGUCCCUGCUCUCCAGAAGAGGGUCAAAGGAUAAGUUUGCUGAUGACUCCAAGGAGGCAAAGACCAGAACACUACCAGCCCGAACUAAACCCUCAAAGGAGUAUUUUUCAGAUAUGCACGUUUCUGCAGGAGAGAAUGACGACGGGGAGCAGAAUGGGAUGGACUACAAAAAGAAACCUCUGAAGACCAAAGUCAAUCAGCUGCUUCGAAGAGCCUCCGCUGCGUCCUCCGUGCCGGAGAGACCACACGUGAACGGACAUUUACCUCAAGGAUCGAAGGACGAAGACUUCAGCAAGAAGAGCGUCAGCAAGAAAGACUCUGUACGCCGAUGGUCAGAGGGGACAGUUUUGGAUGCCAGCAGCGGUGAUGAGGAGGAGGAGGAGGAGGGAGGGGAUGCCCAGCACGAAGAGGCUGGCGGCCAUCGAUCUAAGAGAAAAAAGAAGGUGAAAAUCAAGUUUGUGCCACACAGAGGAUUCGCCAUCACUGUAGAAAAGACUGACAACGAGCCGAAGGGAGCGCACGGAUACACGCCUCGCAAAGGCUCAAAGGAGAAAUCACAAGAUGAAGUUCUCGGUGCACACGGAUACACGCCUCGCAAGAAGUCUCAGGAUGAUGUUUUUGAGGAUGUAGAGGAGCUGAAGGCCCAAAGUCUUCAGUCAACUAGCAAGGCUUUCAUGGAUGAUGAGCACUUCCAGAAAACACUCCACACGGCCGCUGGAUUGAAUGGAGAUGAAGAUCCACAUCCGAUGGAAGACUGCAGACCUAAGAAGCCGUCAAAGAUGAAACUGCCGCACGUGGGUCGUCGAAGCUCGAAGGAGGACAUGCUGGAUAACACGAGCUCUCAGAAAAUGAAGGGCAGCUUCUUGGCAGAGGAGUUAGACUAUGACGAGCUAAACGGGAUGGAGGACUGCAAACCGAAAAAGUCCAAACACAAAGCGCCUGUUCCCAUCCCCCGCAAAUCUAAAGCCACCACUGGAGAAAGUGAGCCGAUUGGGUUCAGCCACCACACGCCUCAGCAAGCAUCCAGCGAUGUCUUUGCUGAGGAUGACAUCACCCAAACAGGAAAUGAUUUCAUGAGUCCCGAAGAGAUGUGUGACAGCGAACAAGACGACCUGGAAACCUGCAAGCCGAAGAAGCCAUCGAAACUUAAAGCCCUAAAAAGACACAUGGCGAAGCGCAAAGCCAUGCAUCUCGAGUCCGAUCAUCCACCAGGAGCUACAUCUAGCGCCUACCUGUCAGAGGCCGCCAAGGCGGAGUGGCUGGCUGCUCAGAUGGACGAGCGAGCUGCAGCAGAUCUGGAGGAUGAGGAUGAGGAAGGGGACACUGACAGCUUGAUGGAGUGGUGGUACACUGUGGAGCAGUGGGAUGAGGUGCCAUCAGAUGAUGAAGACAAAGUCAUAAAAGAGGAUGAGUCCAAGGCAUUCACCGUCUUGGCGAACAAGGUACAUCGUGGCCUGCGCGUUUUCAACAAGGUCUUCACAGAACGGGCAGAGGUCCUGUGGCAGUCCAUCAUCACGCUGCACGCCAUCGCCGACGAUAUCAGCGAAUUCCACCAGAAAGCCAAGAUUGCUGGCAUCACCGGCGGCACCACCACAGCCGUGGGCGGUGUGGCGGCCAUCGCCGGCUUGGCUUUGGCGCCCUUCACCCUCGGUGCCUCGCUCGUAAUUACAGCUGUUGGUGUGGGCGUAGCAACAGCUGGCGGAAUCACUUCAGCCUCGGCGGCCAUCUCGGACAACGUUAACAACAUGCACGACCGGAAGAAGGUGGAGAUGGUUUUCGAGCAGUAUGAGGCUCACCUGCAGGACAUUGGGAAGAUCCUCCACUUUAUCAAUCAGGGCUUAUACAAACUCCGCGGCCAUCCCUUCCUCAGGUCUGGCACCCAGCACUACUCGGAGGACUGGGAGAUCCGCAGGGCCGUGCAGAUGAUCAGCUUGGUGGACACGCCCAUCAUGCGGGCAACAGACAUAACGGACUCGGCAAUCGCCUCGGUCCAAGCACUCUUCAAAGGCAUGGACAAGUACUUCAUCAAGGACUCCCGGGAGCUGAAGAAAAGCUGCAAGAAAGAGAUGGUGAGUCAGAUUAAAGAGGUCGCAAAUUUGCUCAAUGAUGGGAUAGUGGAGCUCAAUGCCAUCAGAGAAGAACUGCAGGAUGCCACUGGGAGUGUGUGAUGAUGCCACUUUGACAAUAAAAGAUCAACAACCCCCUCUCCUGGUGACAGGGAGGAAUUCAUCCACACACUCAAAGGGUUGUUGUUUGUUUUUGUUUUUUUUUAACAUCAGUUCAAGUCAAGUUCAAGUUAUGUAACAAACAGUUUGGACGAUCAACAGCAUAUUCCAAUAGAUCACAGUAGAAAAAAAUAAACAAACUAAAAUAACAACAGCCACUGUGGAGAUAAUAAGUCAUUAUUUCGUCAUGAUUUUAUUAGAUUGUUCGUGAUACAUUUGUAAUAUAUUGUAAGAUGUUUAAGGCACACUGACACACGGUCCUGUUAUGUGGGUGAAAGGUUUAAAUAGGUGUAUAAUAAGGUGUAUCAGCAUGUAACUUUGUGGUCACAGGAGGCUUAAUUUCCACAUUUGAAUUGAUUAUCAGUUGAAUUUAUGCACUCACUGUACAGGGGCACAAUGAAAUAACAAUAUAAUGCAACCUCUCACCUCUCUGACACAGCUUCCACAUCUAAAAUGUGAACAAAUUCUCAGUCUAAGUACUUUUUAUGUUUUGUCUGCAAUUCCUAUUAUUUCCAUAUAAUCAAUUGUUAUUGACUGUUGAUGAUGAGUUGAUUUUAAAGUUUCUGUAUUCAGUUUUUCAAAUGAUCAUCAGAAUAUCUUGUUUUCAGUGUUCAAGAGAAAAUGUGACCGUGCUCCGCAUUUACACAAAAACAAAUAAAUAAAUCAAUGUUGUACACACAGUAACUUGUUUUUAAUAUGUCAGUGCAUUGACAGACGUUGCUAAUUCGCAUUGCACAUCUGAGUAAUAACGUUGGUUGAACUGGCGGUUUGCUGAUGCACAGCUUUUGGUGGCACGUCUGUUGGUAAAUUAUUCCUACACUGAUUGAAAUGAUGGCACAAAAAACAUGUUGUUCCCCUGAUGUUCUGCACAGAAACUGGAGGCACUUUUGGUCGUACCGUGUGGCAUCCAUGCUGAGUGAUUUUUAACUGUAUGUGCCUCUGAAAGAUCAGGUUUAACUGUCAAGCUAAAGGUUAACUAUCCAUCCAUGUUAAUGUACUGUGAAUACAGAAAGAUUUCUUUGUCUGUUUUGUCAUAUUUAGUGGCAACUGCCCUUUAUUUUGUCUUCCACCUGUUAAGCACCCGUAAAGGUCUUAAAAUAUUCUGCUUCAGCACGUUCAAAUGUUGUAACGAAUCUGUGAAUAAAGCCUGUUUGUCAGUGUG